AUGGCGACUGAGGCUACUGUUCGCAAAUUCUUUGCAUCAUCCGCUUAUGCCGUGGCUGGUGCCAGCUCCAACCCUGCCAAGUUCGGACAUCGUGGUAAGACUGCCAGUUCUUUGUAUGCGAUAGUAGGUAUCUUGCUAAUCAAGGAGCUUGCAGUCUUUGCCUGGUAUCUCCAUCAUGACUUACCAGUAACUCCCAUCAACCCGGGCUCAGAGACUGUCAACGCUUUAAACAAGGAUCACCCUACUGUUCCCAGUGUGACCGCUCUUUCAAACCCUACGCAGACAUCUCUGUCAGUCAUUACUCCACCAGCAGCGACCCUGAAGGUGCUCCAAGAGGCAAAGGAGAAGGGCAUUCCGUCGGUGUGGCUGCAGCCUGGAAGUUUUGAUGAUGCUGUCCUCAAGUUUGCUAACGCUCCUGGGACAUUUGAAGCUGUUGUUGCUGGUGAUGGUGGCCGAGGCCAUGAGGGAUGGUGUAUCUUGGUUGAUGGUGAGCGAGGACUGCAGGCUGCUGGCAAGCUGUGA